AUGCCACCGCCAAAGGUGCCCCCGGCACGGCGGCUGACUCCAGGCGAGGUUUUGGACCAGAUGAACGAGAAGGUUCAGACCUCAGAGCCGAAGGCCAGAGGGCCGGAGGGCCGCGGAGCGCGGCCAGAGAGGCCUUCGCAGCAGCGAAGGGAGACCGGACGGUCGUUUGAGCGCUUGGCAGACAAGCUGAACGACAAGACGGAGGCUCUCGCGACAUGCCAGGGAGAGGUCAACGUUUGCCAGCUCAACAUGGACGAUGCUGUGGCAAAGCGGCAAGCCCUGGAGACAAGAUACGCGGAGCUGCAGCAGAACUACGACAACCUGACCCUCCAGCACCAGGCGACGCUGCAGGCUAUGCAGCCGAUGGUCUCCAGCAAGCAGGAGUCACAGUCGUACCACGCUGCUUGGUGCACUGCAGAGGAAGGGCGUAUGAAGCUGCAGAGACAGCUCGAAGAGCAGAGCUCCAAGCACGCCAGUCAACUGGAGACCAUGAUGCGAGAGGUGAAGGAGAACGCGGAAGACAGGAGGGCUGGGCUGAUCAGGACACACGUCCAGCAAUUGAAGGAGAAGGACGUGCGCAUCACCGAGCUGAUGGAGGAAAACAUGCAGCUGAACGAGUUGCUGAAGAACCAGGGGAAGAGCAAGCCUGCUGAGCCGAAGCAGACUGGGAAGGAUGGGCAGCUGGCCUCCGUUGCGGGGGCAAGCCAGCGAAGGAGUGCAGCGGCUGUGCCACCGCGACCGUUUUUGACGGAGAAGCAGACAAAGGAGGCCAUCGAGAAAGACGUCAGCCUGGAGGACUGGCAUUCUUUUGCAUUUCGCUCCUUCAUUCAUUUCAUUGAUUCAAUGGAGGACCUGGACAAGCCGACCAAGCGGCCAGCAGUGACAGCGGCAGCGGGCAAAAAGAAGGCCAAGACGGAGAAGGCCCUGCUUCCCCGGCAGUGGCCAAAAGAUCACUUACUUGUGUCUGCUUGGAGGACAGUCGCCGUCGACCGAGCCCGAGCCCUCCGAUGA